GUCAACAACGAACAAAAAUGUCAGGCCCUAGAGGGAGAAGUCACAGGUGAAUGUCACCGCAAAUUUAUAAUGUACUGAUCAGUAAGUACAAUACACUGAAAAGAUGUGUGAUGGAGAUAUCGCGACGAUUGUUAUCGAUAAUGGAUCUGUGGCUUGUAAAGCUGGUUUUGCAGGGGAAGAUAGCCCGAAGGUCAUUUUCCCAGCAAUCGUUGGUUGGCCUAGGUAUCAGUUGACAGGACAAAAAGAUUAUUUUGUCGGUCAUGAAGCCUAUUCCAAUCUCGAAACUUUGAGUAUUGAGUAUCCUAUUGAACGUGGCAUCAUCACCAAUUGGGACGCCAUGGAAAAGAUAUGGCACCAUUGCUUUUAUGAUGAACUCAACGUUUGUCCAAAGGAUUAUCCAGUAUUACUGACAGAACCUGUGUUGAACCCUAUAUCAAAUAGAGAGAAGAUGACAGAGGUAAUGUUUGAAACAUUCAACGUUCCUGCUUUCUAUGUGAGCAUCCAGGCGCAGAUGUCUAUUUAUGCCUCUGGUAGAGGUAGUGCUUUAGGCGUAGAUAUAGGGGAUGGUGUGGCACAUAUUGUACCUAUCUACGAAGGAUAUGCCAUCAGAAAAGCUAUACAGAGGAUCAACUUCGGAGGAUGUGACCUCACCGAGUAUAUGAAUAAGUUGCUGUGUGAAAGAGGGUAUACAUUUAGGAAUACAGCGGAGAUGGAAAAGGUACAAAAAGUAAAGGAAAACCUCUGCUACGUUGCUCAAGAUUUUGAGGAAGAGAUGAAGAGGGCAACAUCCAGUUCAUCUUUAGAGAAGAGCUUCCUACUUCCUGAUGGUCAGGAGAUCACAAUCGGAAGCGAGCGAUUCCGAUGUCCCGAAGCCCUAUUUAACCCAUGGCUAAUUGAAAUGGAUCAAUGUGGAAUUCACCAGACUGUACACCAAAGUAUAAUGAAUUGUGGAAUCGAUACAAGGAAGGACAUAUAUUGUAAUAUUGUGCUGUCUGGAUCAACGACGCUCUUUCCAGGCUUUGCAGAGAGAUUGCAAAAGGAAGUGAAGUCAUUAGCGCCCCCAUCCGUUAGAGUCAAGAUUAUUGCUGCUCCUGAACGAAGCAUGAAUGUCUGGAUUGGUGGCUCCAUUCUUGGAUCUUUAUCUAUGUUUCGAAAAGUAUGGAUAAGUAGGAAAGAUUAUGACGAAUUGGGCCCAAGUGCCAUCCACAAAAUGUGUUUAUGAGGCAGGUAAUGUCUUAUGGUAAUACCAGGAAACCU